AUUCUGCAGGGCUUGUAUGCACCACAUUGCCCUUUUGCGAAGGACGAAAGAACGGAUUUGCGGUGAUUGCGGGAACUUCGCCAGACGACCAGCCAUGUCGAAAGCCAUCACUACCCUGACCAACGCCGUCAUCAAGGGCGCCACUCCCCGACUGCAGACGUUCGUCAAGUAUGCCAAGGUGGAGAUGGUGCCGCCCUCGCCCAGGGAGCUGCCGGAGGUCAUGCGUGGCUUUGGCAACCUGGUCUCCUCGGCCAAAUCGGGCGCCUGGAGGCACCUGACCGUGCGGGAGGCCUCGCUCAACACCCUCGUGGGCCUGGAGGUCAUCUUCUGGUUCUUUGUCGGCGAGUGCAUAGGCAAGAGGAGCCUCGUGGGAUACCAGGUCUAGGCGCGGCACUUGCAGCAUGUUUCAAUAAAGUGUGUAAGUUAGGGCAGA